AUGAUGAUGAUGAUGAUGAUGAUGAUGAUGAUGAUGAUGAUGAUGAUGAUCGAUGAUGAUGAUGAUGAUGAUGAUGAUGAUGAUGAUGAUGAUGAUGAUGAUGCUGAGGAUGAUGAUGGUGAGGAUGAUGAUGAUGAUGGUGGUGUUGAUUAUAUUUAUGAUGACGAUAAUGAUGAUGAUGAUGAUGAUGAUGAUGAUGAUGAUGAUGAUGAUGAUGGUUAA